AGUAAUACCUAAAAGCAGUGGUGUCCAACCCUGGUACUUGACAGUCCCUAUCCAGCUAAUUUUACAUGUUUCUCUCCUUAGGUGUACCUGAUUCCAAUAAUUGGGAGGUUAACAUGAUUCUGCAGAACUUGAUGACUUGCUAAAUGGGUCAUAUAAUCAUUGAAUAGGGCAUGCUGGAACUGGGAAACAACUAAGACAUGCUGGAUAGGAGCUCUCAAUGAUCAGGGUUUGGCACCCCUGACCUGGAGAGUGCUGGACUUGUCCAGUGUAACCAGAAAGGUUCCUCAAAACUCCACUUCUAAUAGAAAUAAAAUCCAGGGUCAGUGUUCAGUCACACUCCACCUGCUAAACAGAAUCAGGCAUCAGAAGAAGUGUUCUUCUCUAGACUGAAAAACUGCAGCAUGACUCGUCGUGUGGCCAUAGUAGGAGGAGGGAGUUCAGGUCUGGCCUGUAUUAAAUGCUGCCUGGAUGAAGGGCUGGAGCCCAUCUGCUAUGAAAGCAGCAAUGACAUUGGAGGUCUCUGGAGGUUUAAGGAGAAUCCAGAACCAGACCGGGCCAGCAUCUACCACUCAGUCAUCAUCAACACCUCCAAGGAGAUGAUGUGUUUCAGUGACUUCCCCAUUCCUGCAGAAUUCCCAAACUUCAUGCACAACUCCCUCAUCAUGGACUACUUUCGGAUGUAUGCUGACCACUUCCAGCUCACUAAGCACAUACGCUUUAAUACCAAAGUCUUGCAGAUCAAACAGAGAUCAGAUUUCUCCCGAUCAGGCCAGUGGGACGUUGAAACCGAGAACAAGGAUGGGAAACGAGAAAAACACAUUUUUGAUGCAGUGAUGAUCUGUAUUGGACAUCACUGCCAGCCGAACCUCCCUCUCCACGACUUCCCAGGUAUUGAAACUUUCAAGGGGAAGUAUUUUCACAGCAGAGACUACAAAACUCCUGAAGAGUGGAGGAAUAAGAAGGUGGUGGUGAUCGGAAUAGGCAACUCAGGAGGAGACAUCGCAGUUGAACUGAGAGUCACCAAGCAGCUUUACCUGAGCACUCGGAGGGGAGCCUGGAUUGUGAACAGAGUUGGAAUAAAUGGGAUUCCCAUUGAUAUGCUGUUUAACAGAGCAACAAGGUUGAUUAAGAGCAUCCUCCCAUUUGGUGUCCUAUGUGCCCUGGCAGAGAGACAGCUCGAUCACAGAUUUAACCAUGCUCUGUACAAUCUAAAGCCAAAGCACAGGUUUUUCAGCCAACAUCCUACUGUGAAUGACGAACUUCCCAACCGCAUCCUAUCUGGAACUGUUCAAGUGAAACCAAACAUUCGCCGAUUUCUAGGCUCCAGCGUGGAAUUUGAGGACGGAAGCAUCGUGGAAGAUGUUGACCUGGUGGUGUUUGCAACUGGCUACAAGUUCUCCUACCCAUUCCUGGAUUCUAGAGUGGUUUCAGUGACAGAGAACAAAGCAUCUCUGUACAAGUACGUGUUUCCUUCUGAACUGGACCACCCCACGCUGGCUAUCAUUGGUCUGGUGCAGCCACUGGGUGCCAUCAUGCCCAUUUCUGAGAUGCAGGCUAGAUGGGCCACACAGGUCUUCAAAGGCUGCAUAAAGCUUCCUCCAGCAGCUGCUAUGCUCAGAGAUAUCAAGUGUAAGCAGGAAGCCAUGGCUAAAAGAUACGUCGCCAGUCCGAGACAUACCAUCCAAGUGGACUAUGUUGACUACAUGGACCAGAUUGCAGAGUUAGUGGGAGUUCGUCCCAGAAUCAUGAGGAUGCUGCUGACCGACCCUCAGCUGGGACUGAAAGUGCUGCUGGGUCCUAGCACCCCAUACCAGUACCGCCUCAGAGGACCAGGAAAGUGGGCCGGAGCACGCCAGGCCAUCUUCACCCAGUGGGAGAGAGUAGCUAAACCCUUGCAGACCAGGCUGUCUGAUGAGCCCAAACCCAAGAAAGCUUCCAAGUGGCCUCUGAUCAUGUUCACCGCAGCUGUGGGCUUGUGGGCCUACCACCACAGGAACAACUUUCCAGCUUUCCUGCAGGAUCCCACCGCUUUGCUGGACAACAUUAGAGCAUUUCUGCCUUCAGGGUGCAAAUUUCCCUAGUGAUGAAUUCUGUCUGUAUGCACAGAUUAACUGAUACAUAUGAAAACCAAACUGCUCUUUAUCACAGAAUAUUUCAAAAUGAAUGCAACAAAUGACUUUAGAGUUAUCUUUAUGAGACAUCUUGCAGCAGAAUGGAGCAUGUUUAUAGGGUGUACUCUGUCUUUUAGACCCUGAAAUGUUUGAUUUUACACAAUUUCAAUCAAAGUCUUGGUCUCUGCACACAUUAGCAUUUCUUUUGAUUUGUAUGUUUAUAAUCAGAUGUCAGUGAUAAACUCAAAUGCAUCUAUUUCUAGUAGGCAUGAUCAAAUUCUGUGUAUAUCACUAUCUGUGGAACACAUAUGAGGUGCUCAGGGGCCUUCCAGUGCUUAAAUCACUAAAAACCUCUCUAACUGGUAAACUGCAAUAGUGUUACAUUCUUUAUGCUAAAAAAAAUGGAUGGCUAAGUUGAAAUUUAUCAAAAACAGGCCCAACAGCACCUCCUGGUGGCAGAUAUUUUCUAGUGUGAGGUGCAUAAAGCAUAUGUGUGUACUGCAGUAUUAAACAAUAAUCAAUCCCA